CCCCUCCAAACGCGCGUUCAAGUGUGACGGCGUCCGUGCUGCGUCAGUUGCGCGCCUCCACGCUCCCGAUGCUCUCCUUUCCCCGACAGCCAGAAGAUAGAUGUUUCGAUUUCAGUCCCUGGAUGACGACUGUACAUUGGAGGAGGAAGAUGAUGGACUGAUUGAGGAGGAAGAUGAAAUCGACCAGUUUAAUGAUGACACCUUUGGAGCCGGGGCCAUCGAUGACGACUGGCAGGAAGAGCACAAACGCCUGGCGGAGCUCGAUGAGCGGGACGGGUUAGGAGUCGGGCCGGGAUUAGGAGGAGGAGAGGAUGCCUCGUCCUCACUCGGUCUGCCUUCGUCUUCUGUUCAGCUCUCCUCGUCUUCCUCUGGGCUGCCAACACAAGAUGUGGACGAACGAUCGGGGGGAAGCGACUUGGCCGAGUCUCUGGCUCGGUUCAUUCUGGACGCCGACCCGGCAAUCGCUGGGGUCGGGGCAGCAGAGAGGCCCGCUCCCUCUCCCGGCUCUGCGGGGUCGGUUCUGUCUGCCCUGCGAGGACUGGAUCAGUCCAGAGUCCUGCAGCAGCCCUCCUCCAUGGCUCCAAAGCAACCCCCCCAGCACCAGCUUCCCCAAGGAGGCUCAGGUGAGGGGAGGUCGCCUGUCUUAGCCUUCCUCCCCCCUCCAUGCUCAGCUAUCAGCAGCAGCAGCACCUGCUGCUCCGAGACAUUACUGUGUCUUUCGUUUGGUGAUUUCGUCAUCAGCCUGCGGACGAUAACAGAUAUUAAACCUGUGGCUAAAAGUGAUGCUGAGCUCUCAGACAGCAGCUCUCUGACGCGCUGCAAAUGUCUGCAGCUACAGGUUUCCUUCUGUUCGCUUCAUCUUCCUCCUCCUCAGGAAGGCUCCUUGAUGUCAAUAAUCAAAGAGGCGGGGCUUCCUAAGCGUCCUCCUCAGGGGCGGGCCGAUGAAGGGCACGACCUGUCAGAGAGGGCUCCGCCUCCUCGUUCCUCUUCUCCUGUGAUUGGCUCUCCGCCGGUGAGGGCGGUGCCUAUUGGGACCCCACCCAAGCACCCUAUGAGCCUGAACCAUCAGAUCCACCAUCCCACGGCGGUUCAUGUGAGAGCCCCGAUCCAGCACCGAUACCCCGCCCCUUUCCCUGAGCGCCUGUCCCCCAACACGCUCCUCAACAUAGCUAACUCUCCGUUGUGUCGCGGUCCGUUUCCUCCCAGAGUCGGCCCGGUUCUGUCUCAGCUCCAGCGAGCGCAGCUGCUUAAUUCUCAGGUGGCAGGCUUUCCUCGCGGUGGCCCCGGUCCUCCUCUGUUAGCUGGUGGAGGUUUCAGGCCUUUCUUUGGGGGGCCCCCGCCGCCUCACGGCCACAGGAUGGGUCCCCCGCCGCCUCACGGCCCCCACAACCACACACCUCCCAUCAGGCACAACACGACGCACCUCCACCCACAGCACCGCCGCUUGCUAACGCAGCGCAUGCAGAGCAGAGGAGGUGACCGAGGCAGGACGGGCCUGGACCGGCGCAGCAGAGACCCCUACAGUAACCUGAUGAGUCAGAAGGAGAAGGAGUGGGUCACUAAGAUCCAGAUGAUGCAGCUGCAGAGCACCGACCCUUACCUGGACGACUAUUACUACCAGAACUACUAUGAAAAGAUGGAGAAACGCCAGGAGAGGGAGCGAGACAGCAGCAGCAAGAAGGAACAUGCCACCAAGCUGAUUACUCCGCAGGUCGCCAAGGUGGAACACACCUACAGGCCAGUUCAGUUUGCAGGAUCUCUAGGGAAGCUUACAGUGUCCAGCGUGAACAACCCGCGAAAGAUGAUCGACGCUGUGGUGACGACUCGCUCCGACGACGAGGAGAAGAGAGAGAAGCAGGUUUGGAACAAGAGGCGUCAGAUCCUCUACACCGUGGAGAAGAUGUACAGUUUGCUACUGGAGGUCCAAGACUUCGAGAAACGUUUUGUUCAGACUCCAGAGGAGGAGAGGGAGGCCCUGCUGGAGCAGCAUAAGACAAACACGGAGCAGCUGUGCAGCUCCCUGCAGGAGAAGGAGUGGGAAGACAGAGUGAGUGAUGAGCAGUGCGUGAUGAUCAUGUCAGUGAGGAAGGGCAAGCGGCUCAUCGCCAGGCUCCUCCCCUUCCUGCCCGCAUCCCAGGGUGCUGCCGUUGUCAUGGUGAUUGCUCGCAACCUCCCUGCCUUGGCGAAGAAGGACAAGCAGGACCAGGUGUUAUGCUGCUUGGUGGAGCCGGUCUCUGCAGUCAUUCAGUCGCUGUCCAGCUCCGCCCUCACAGACCUGCUACAGGAGCUUCAAGGUGGCGAUGGUCAGCUGGCCGGCGUUCUGCAAAACAAGGUAAACCAUCAGCAGACUGUAGCUGGUUGGUUGAUCAGUCAGCCGGGGAGAACGUGUGUGAGAUCACCUGCUAAGGAGGAAUCGCUUCUUUUCCUGAUGCUAGAAAUGUCUUUCGUCCACCUGAUCCUAAGCCGUUGUCACACCUUAACGCUGAAGUACGCUGAACGUGAACGACAACUCAAAAAAAAAAAAAAAAAAUCGGAUUUCGCAAAAAAAUCGGAAUUGAGCAUCAAGGCCUGCAGUGUGAACGUAGCCAAUGGUUUCCUCCCAUUCGUCACCCUGCGGGUUUCUGUUGACAUGAAUCUGUCUUCUUUCAGGACAGAGUUGGUGUUUUCAGUGACGAGGGAGCUGCUCGGCGUCCCGUCUUCGUCCCUCUCCCCUCCCCUCUUCACUCCUCCCAACCUGCUCUCUCUGUUCUCACGCUACGUGGAUCGGCAGCGGCUGGAGCUGUUACAAGACAAGCUACAGUGA